AUGAGGAGAAGCUCUCACUCAAGCAACCCGAUACCUGAAGAGCCUCGGCAGACACGAAAGAUGUCCGUUUCAGCUUCACAGUUGAGCCAGUCGCCGCUGUCUCAACCUGCAGACACAGUAUACUCCGACGAUAAUGCUAGUAUCGAUACAACUCCGUCAACCCCUCCCGAUCCCUCAGAUGACGACCUCAACGAAAUGCCCAAGACAUCUGUGCCAUCUGGCGGUCGCGCGAGACGCGCUUCAACUGUCUUAGUGUCCCAGAAUUCUGAAGAUGUCGAUCGCAUCUUUGGUUCAAAGGGUGCAGCCACCGAAAUGGUGCAAGCGGCUUGCUGUGGUGGUGGAUGUUGCAUGCUGCAGCAACUGAAGCCGGCAGAGUCACAAGAAGGACGCAUCCCCGUCAUCGUGCCCGACAAUGCUGCAUACAGAAGUCUCGACAUUCGGCUUAGCCACUUGGGAUUGGAGAGCGAGCUGACUGGCCUGAUCGAAAUGCCACCAAAGACUGUCUCGUUUGAGCAGCUCGGUUCACAGUCCAACGGCUCUGCGGCUCCCCCAAAAUCGCCCGAGACUCAAAAGCAUCCUCCCAACUUCGUCACGCCACAUCCCCCAUACGACGUCUACUCGGCCCCACUUUUCCACACUCGCGAGUUGACGAAACCGGGUGCAGAGAAGCGAACAUAUCACUUCGAUCUUGAUGUGACAGACUAUCCUGUCGAAGGUGGUGAUGUUGACUUCGUAGUUGGUGGCGCCAUUGGCGUUUGCGCGCCGAAUGCGCCAGACGUGGUGGAUGAGGUUUUUGACCGCCUCGGCGUCCCGAGUUUUGUUCGUGACAAGCCAGUUCUGAUGAAGACAACCAACGGCCGCUGGCCUACCAUUUGGGGCGAGGAUGAGGCCCGAGAGCUUGUCACGACGCGUCGAGAGCUCCUCUUGUGGUGUGUCGACCUCCAGUCCUACCCUCCCACGAAGCAGAUAUUCCGCCUCUUAGCCGAGUUUGCCGAGAACGAACAUGAGAAAAAGAUUCUCUCUUACCUGGCUUCCGCGCAAGGUCAAGCCGCAUUUUGCGACAUCCGGACCGGCCCCUACAUCACCGUCCUGCAGCUCCUUACUGCAUUCCCCUCAACCCGGCCCCCUCUGGACUACCUUCUCUCCUGUCUCAACCAACUCAUGCCACGCUUCUACUCUCUCUCGCAGGACCCCAUCGUCUCUAACGAGCGUUGUGAGGGCAAGGAGCGCCGCCGCCUGAUCGAGAUCGCGGUGACCAUCCACGAAGCUGCCAACUUUGAUGGUUCCUCUCGCACAGGUGUCGGAUCCGGUUUCCUCGAACGCCAAGCGCGGCGACUCCUGGACGCCGAAAAGGCUGGUCAGGAUCCUCGAGAACUGGAUCUCAGAGUCCCUAUAUUCCGUGGCCUCAUGGCCAAUCCACUCGCACGAGAGUUCGUCACGGAUGGGCCAAUGUUGCUGAUCGGUGCGGGCGUCGGCAUCGCGCCUUUCCGUGGGUUUGUGCAUCGAAGGCUCAAGUCCGCCAACUGUGCAAACAAGGUGUGGGUUCUGCAGGGCGUGCGUGAUUCUCUGGUGGAUGAACUCUACUCUGGCGACUGGGGUGUCCACGAGGAGAAGGUAAAGAAGGUUGUACAGUCCCGCAAGGCCGAGGGAAGGUACGUGCAAGAUGAAGUGCUGCACCAAGCGGACCUCGUGUGGUUCGUCAUCAAUGCGCUUGAUGGAAGGAUCUUUGUGUGCGGCAGCAGUAAAGGCAUGGGCGAGGGCGUCGAGGCAGCGUUGGUGCAGGUGGUCAUGAAGAAGGGCCGCUUGAAUCACGAGGAGGCGCUGGCCUUUUGGGAAGGAAAGAGGUCUGGAGGCCAAUAUAUUGCCGAAACCUGGUAA